AUGGCUGCUUCCGCCCAGAAGCCGAUGUCCAACAUUGCCAUGGCCUUUGGGCGUCAGGACAGUGGCCAUGCUGCUUCGACUGGUACCCUCCCUACUCCGCCAAGUUCCAUCUCUCCCACCCUUCCUGCGCACAAGCGACGCCCCAUGCCUGUAGCCGGGCGACUUCACACACCAGAAGAGGAGUCUAUGGAUAUAGAUCUCCAGGAUGCGGUAGAACAUGCGGCAGCGCAGGACCAACCUUCCGCGCUCUCCAAGGAGGCGCUCGCAGGUUUGGAUGCGACGCGCCAGAUCACGGCGCUCAUGCUGGCCAAGCAUCACCUGCCAGACAUCAUCGAGGGCCACGGCGCGAUGCCCAUCCGCGAAAUGAUGGCGCAUCUGACGCACGCGGUGCCUGGCUUCUCUGGUCUACCCCCUGCGAAGGCCCGUAGGCUAGUCGUUGCUGCGCUGGAACAUCGCGCUGGCGGCGGCCUGCAUGGCGAGGUCAAGUUCGAGAAGGUCGGCUGGGGGCGUUGGAGUGUCGCUGGCUCUGGCUCUCAGGCCGCGGGAAUGCCCAUCGGCGGUAAACGCUCUGGAAAUGGGCGGACGCCACCGGACAGUGUUGAUAGCAUCGGCGGCAGCCUCCAAAUUUCCAAGCUGCGACAAGAGCGCGACGUCUACUCAGGCAGCUGGAACGCUGGCUCGUGGUCGCCGCACCGACAGGGCGAAGACGAAGAGAUGGCUGACCAGAUGUCGCUGGACGACUCCGAAGGCAGCACCGAGUCUGACUCGGCUUCGGACAUGGAUUUGGAAGAAGAAUUAAAUGACGACACUGAUCAAGAAGACUGGGCGACAAUGGGGCCCGAAGCUCUUCGCGAGACCCGCCGCGGUCCGCGCCGAGAACACCGCGACUACAACUAUCUAAGCCGAACACAGACGAGCAACCCGCGCUAUCGGAGCAUAUCCGCUCAGGCCCACUCUCUGCCUCAGCCCCAUCACGGACGCACUGCGACGCCCACGUACAAACCUUUCCUUACUGUUCCUCAUGCAUCCCACGGUAAUCACGUCGUGAACGCGGGCUCUCCUUUGACUUCUUCCGUUUUCAAUGCAUCGGCUGGUGUAGCCGGAUCUGGCGCUGAGCGCGACGCUAUUGAGGCACUCAUUGCUAUGGGCUCCAUGUAG